UUGGAUCCCUAUAUGUGGUUCUGGGAGAGACUGAGCAGAGGGAUGUGGUCAAGUGACCUGGGCAUGAGAGUGGAAUCAAUUUUGACCCUUUGGCAACCCUGUAGAUCAGCAGGAAGGCUACACUGAGAAGUGACAAGCCUGCCGACAGACCAUGGACACGUUCCAGGAUGUGUUCCAGAAGGUGGAGAAGAUUGGGGAAGGCACCUACGGAGUGGUGUACAAGGCAAGGAACAAACGGACAGGCCAGCUGGUGGCUCUGAAGAAGAUCCGUCUGGAUUCGGAGACAGAAGGGGUUCCGAGUACAGCAAUCCGAGAAAUCUCUCUGCUCAAAGAACUUAAGCAUCCAAACAUCGUGAGGCUUCUAGAUGUUGUGCACAGUCAGAAGAAGCUGUAUCUGGUGUUUGAGUAUCUGAAUCAGGACUUGAAAAAGUAUAUGGACUCGUCCCGGACAGGGGAGCUCCCGUUAAGUUUGGUAAAGAGCUAUCUGUUCCAGCUGCUGCAGGGUGUGAACUUCUGUCACUCGCACAGAGUCAUUCAUAGAGACUUAAAGCCUCAGAAUUUGCUUAUCAAUGAAGUGGGAGCCAUCAAACUGGCAGAUUUUGGUCUGGCUAGAGCCUUUGGGGUUCCACUGCGCACUUACACUCACGAGGUGGUAACCUUAUGGUACCGGGCCCCCGAAAUCUUGCUGGGAUGUAAAUACUAUUCGACUGCAGUGGAUGUCUGGAGCAUUGGCUGUAUCUUUGCAGAAAUGGUGACAAGAAAAGCCCUGUUUCCGGGGGAUUCUGAAAUUGACCAGCUCUUCCGGAUUUUCCGCACCCUGGGCACGCCCACCGAGGCAGCGUGGCCGGGGGUGACCCAGCUUCCCGACUAUAAAGGAAACUUUCCCCGUUGGGUGAGAAAAGAGAUGAAGGAGAUCAUUCCGAACUUGGAUCGGGAUGGGCGAGACUUACUGGCGCAAUUGCUACUGUAUGACCCCGACAGGCGCAUUUCAGCCAAGGCAGCCCUGAACCACCAGUACUUCUUCUGGAAAAGCCCCUGCAACCCCAAAGACCAGCACAUGCUGCAGAAACACUGCAGAUGAAAGGAUGCAACACCUCCUGACCUCCUGUAUUCCUGAUGCUGAGCUCUGUGCAUCAGUGCAUUUUCCCUCUCUGGUGGUUGAGCAGAGAGGCUGGCUGGGGUUGAAAUGCCUCCGUAUUACAAAAGAACCUGGAGGGAAGUGUUAGUUUUCAUUUAGACAGAAGUGUUUGGAUGCUCUCAGCCCAUUGCUGGGGGUAUGUGUUAGGGCCGUUAGAGCCUUCUUGAGGUAGUUGUUACAUGUGAUACAUACGGGCCUGAGGGCACCAUCCAUCAGCCUGCAAUACUGACUGGGGGACACUAAAUUCUCACACUAGAGAGCAACUUCCGAAUCCUUGUCCCCUUGGCUGGGAGCAUAGCAAAAGUGAUGGUUGGUGCAAUGUAGACUGUCUUUUCAGCACCCAGUCCUAGCUGUGGUUCAGAUAGCCCAUUGCAAAGAGAUUUGUCAGCUUCCCUCCCAGCAUCAGGCAGUGCUUGACCUAAAACAGCCGGGAGAGUCUCCUGCAGACAGCCAGGAGCGCCGCUGUUUAUUGCUAUUAAGAAGAAGAGGGGCUGUUAAUAUUAGAUAAGUCUUUGUGUUCAAUUGUUUAAGAAUUUUAGAGUUUUAAUUCCUAGUUAAACAGCAAGAGAAAAUAUCUUAAGAACGAUCUUCAUCUUGCGCGAAAGAGAAGCCAAAGGCUCCCACUAUGGCAACGUGUGAAGUCACAGUUCUGUAGAACAUGCCCUUUUGCUGGCCAAACAAAAGAAGUUCAGUCACUUGGGUUGGCUUUGAAAAUAUUUUACUGUUUAUCUUUCGAGUGAUUUAGCACCAGUUUUUGAGGCAGUUGUGGGACUUCUCUCCUCCAGCAAAGAAAAUAAAUACUGUUCCUAAGUCUUAGUUGUUUAUGUUAUAGGCUGCUCAAUUGUUCAGCCACCCCCUGGACCAGGGCAGUGAUGGAAUAUGACAAUCUCUCCUGUAUGCCAAAACCUCGACCUGCAUCCACAGCACCGGCCUAUCCAGCUAGUCCAUUUCUUUAUUACAGGCCUUCUCAUUGUCACCUUCUUCAUUCGGGUCAGAACUGUCAGAUGCUGAUGCAUCCAAUAGUGUUUUGUGGAAUAAUGGACAGAGAACAUAAAGAUAUCGCUGCUGCAGGGAUAAACUGAGUUUCUUUCAAAUAAAAGCUGGUAUGAGU